CAGCCUCCACAUACAGUUUUCUCCUUGUCUUGAAGCAGGCUUAGACAGAUAUAGGCAGACUAUGAUUUGAUUGUACACUAAGAAUUCAACAUGGCAUGUGGUGGGUUUGCUUGUUCCAGAACUGCCCUCUGUGUCUUGAACAUAAUUUAUGUGUUGGUAAGUCUUUUCAUGAUUGCCGUGGCAGCAUGGGGCAAAUGGUUCGGUUUGGUCACUAGCUUUAAAGUGAUGGUCGCUGUCAUUGCAGUUGGAUUCUUUCUCUUUAUUGUGGCCAUUGUGGGUUUGUGUGGAGCUCUGAAGCAUCAUCAAGUUCUCCUGUUCUUUUACAUGAUUAUACUUCUCUUGGUAUUCAUUGUGCAGUUUUCAGUAUCAUGGGCCUGCUUGACAAUCAGUAAAGAACAACAGAAUCUUCUAUUGGAGAUAGGAUGGAAUAAAUCUGAAUCCAUGCAGAGGGAUUUGGAAUAUUCAUUGGAUUGCUGUGGCUUCUAUCAAGUUAACGUAAAUGGGACGUGUGAAGCAGCCUGUUUCAAAGAGCUAACAUGUGAGCCAUGUUCAGUGAUAAUCCAAGCCUAUGCGGAUGAUGCUUUGCGUUUUGUUGGAGGAAUCAGCCUGUUUUUCAGUUUUACCGAGAUUUUGGGAGUCUGGCUAGCAUAUAGAUUCAGGAAUCAGAGAGAUGUUCGACAAAAUCCGGGUGCAUUUGUUUAAAAAUGUGUUUGACAUCAAAUACUUUCCCUUUUGCAUUCAUAUUAUCAAAGACAAAGUGUAUGUGUCAACUGCCUCUGCUUUUUAAAUGAUAUUUUGUAUGAGUAAAGAAAUAGGUUUGGUCACUGCAACUUUGCAAACAACUGUACACCCAACCGCUUCAUUAUCUAUUGUAGCAGGAUAUGAGCAGGAAGUGUUAUGUCACUUAUUUGUCUUCCACGUCACCCAAAGGCGCAGCAACACAACCAGGCUGCUCAACUGGUUUAUCAUUCAUUUCCUGAUGCUGCCUUCUGCUGGCAAUGUGACAACAAAACAACUGUGUUCACUUGCACUCUUAGCUUUUGUUUCUUGUGCAGCCCCUUCUGGCUUAAAGUUUAAACUGCAGUUAUUAUCUUUGCAAAAAUGAAAUAAAAAAUCACAUUAAAA